AUAGAGCCGCAUCGAAGACGUGUGUGUACGACUGCUACCAAGGUCAGACAACUGAGCGUUCAGAGGCCGCGCCACGCAGGAAGCGCUCCCGCGACGACUUGAUCAAGGCCCACGCAUCUCGCAGGCCAUGGCACCUCGCCGACACCUGGGACAAGUUCAAGGCCUUCUGGGGAUCGAUUCCAUGGAGGAAGCCGGCGUUACCCGAUGCUGCGUGCCCACGGGCGAAUGCUUGCGCGCCCAGCAGCAGCUCAGUCCCAACAACAACGACCCCAUGAUCAUCUCCCUGGACGACCUCCGGGACACGGUCCGCGUCACCUGCAACAACGAACUCUGCAUCUCCGGCCGGUACAUGCAUCGUGAGUGUUUCGAUCAGUGGGAACAGAGCGUAUUGGCCUACCUAAAGACAUGCGGAAGGGCCCGUUCCUGGUCCGAGAGGCAGCGCCACCAGAACCUCUGGACCAAGAAGGGCUACGACUUGGCCUACAAGGCGUGCGGUUGCAAGUGCGGCAGAGGACAUCUCAAAAAGGACUUGGACUGGAUGCCUCCGCCACCGACUAGCAACAUUUUCGGCAGGAUCGAGGAAGUAGAUACCGGCAAGAAGAAAAAGCGCCGCAAUCGUAACAAUUCGCGACCUUCCCUGGCUAUAACGGCGAACCACCCCAUUGGGAGCGAAGUUCGCGGUCGCGCCGGCAGCUUGUCGUGCUCCAGCACCGGGUCGUCUUCUCCUCCGACCUCGGGCAGCGAGCCCAGUGUAUCCCCAGUUCAUGCCCAUUCCAAGAAGAAGUCGAAGAUCGAGUUGCCGGAAAGGAUUCGAGUUGGAGGUGGUGCAAAUGGAAUCUUCACCCGCCGCCUGGAUUUCAGCUCCUUCAAUGCCCUGCCGAAGAACAAGCUGAAUUCUUAUCAAAUUAAG